CCGGACCGUCUCGCCACGCCACGACGCCCGGCCUCGCGCGCGGAUGCUGUCCUCUCUGCAGCUGUGCACCGCCCGGCGUGGCAGCGGGAGCACCGUGUCGAUCAUGCCGACCGCCGCGUCCUCCUCGUCCGCCACCUCGUCGUCUUCCGCCGCCGCGUCGCCCCACGGCGGCGCCGUGAGGCGGGUAGGAGAGUACCAGCGAGAGAAGAGCUCGCCGGGCGGCGGCGGCAAGCGCGGGCGGCGGAGGCUGGCCGCGUGGGCGUCGAUCGACCCCCGGGCGAGGUGGGCGCGGGAGUGGGACCGCGCCUACCUGCUGGCCUGCGCGGCGGGGCUCGUGGUCGACCCGCUCUUCCUCUACUCCGUGUCCCUCAGCGGCUCACUGAUGUGCGUCUUCGUCGACGGCUGGUUCGCCGCGUCGGUCACCGCGCUCCGGUGCAUGGUGGACGCCGUGCACGUCUGGAACCUGCUCAUGCGGCUCCGGAUGGCGUGCGCGCCGGAUCAGGAGGCGGCGCCGGGGGAGGAGGACGCGGACGAGGAGGCCAAGCUGCAGGGGGGUAGCGGCCGCAGCAGCAAUGACAUCAACGUCGGCGGCGCCGCCGUGCCGGCUCAGCCGCAAAAGUCCAAGAGAGGGCUCUUCUUGGACGUCUUCGUCAUUCUUCCGGUGAUGCAGGUGGUGACCUGGGUGGGCAUCCCGGCGAUGAUCCGCGCGGGGUCGACGACGUCGGUGAUGACGGUGCUGCUGGUGGCGUUCCUGUUCGAGUACCUGCCCAAGCUCUACCACUCGGCCCGCUUCCUCCGGCGGAUGCGGAACGUGUCCGGCUACAUCUUCGGCACCAUCUGGUGGGGCAUCGCGCUCAACCUCAUGGCCUACUUCGUCGCCGCUCACGCGGUGGGCGCGUGCUGGUACUUGCUCGGGGCGCAGCGGGCCACCAAGUGCCUGAGGGAGCAGUACUGCGACGACGGGCGCGGCGGGUGCGCGGCCGCGGCGCUGGCGUGCGCGCGGCCGCUCUACUACGGCGGCGGCGGCGGAUCUACUACGGCGGUGGGCGCGGACAGGCUCCAGUGGGCCGGCAACUCCAGCGCGAGGGCGACGUGCCUGGACAGCGGCGACGACUACGAGUACGGGGCGUACAAGUGGACCGUCAUGCUGGUGGCCAACCCCAGCUGGGUCGAGAAGAUCCUCCUCCCGAUAUUCUGGGGCCUCAUGACGCUCAGUACCUUUGGGAACCUGGCGAGCACGACGGAGUGGUCGGAGAUCGUGUUCAACAUCAUCACCAUCACUGGCGGGCUGAUACUCGUCACGAUGCUCAUCGGUAACAUCAAGGUGUUCCUGAACGCGACGACGUCCAAGAAGCAGGCGAUGCACACGCGGCUGCGGAGCGUGGAGUGGUGGAUGAAGCGCAAGAACCUGCCACAGAGCUUCCGGCACCGGGUCCGGCAGUACGAGCGGCAGCGCUGGGCGGCCACCCGCGGCGUGGACGAGUGCCGCAUCGUGCGCGACCUCCCGGAGGGCCUCCGCAGGGACAUCAAGUACCACCUCUGCCUCGACCUCGUCCGGCAGGUGCCGCUGUUCCAGCACAUGGACGACCUGGUGCUCGAGAACAUCUGCGACAGGGUCAAGUCGCUCGUCUUCCCAAAAGGAGAAGCGAUCGUCAGAGAAGGCGACGCGGUGCGGAGGAUGCUCUUCAUCGUGCGCGGCCACCUGCAGAGCAGCCAGGUGCUGCGGAACGGCGCCACGAGCUGCUGCAUGCUGGGCCCGGGGAACUUCAGCGGCGACGAGCUACUAUCGUGGUGCCUGCGGCGGCCCUUCCUGGAGCGGCUGCCAGCGUCGUCCUCCACGCUGGUCACGCUGGAGAGCACGGAGGCGUUCGGGCUGGAGGCCGCCGACGUCAAGUACGUCACGCAGCACUUCCGCUACACCUUCACCAACGAGAAGGUGCGCCGCAGCGCCCGCUACUACUCGCACGGGUGGCGCACCUGGGCCGCCGUGGCGGUGCAGCUCGCGUGGAGACGGUACAAGCACCGCAAGACGCUCACUUCGCUGUCAUUUAUCCGGCCACGCAGGCCACUGUCGCGGUGCUCAUCGCUCGGGGAGGAGAAGCUGCGCCUUUACACCGCGCUGCUCACCUCGCCCAAGCCCAACCAGGACGACCUGCUGUAGGUCAGGCACAUUGUCAUUGGCUUUUAUGGUGGCAUGAAACACUGAAUUUUAAACGGUGCCAAAGCGAAGCCAAAUGAAAACCUACAUGAUGUUCAGCCUAGCUACAUUGCCUAGAAGCUCCGUUCAAUUUCUCUUGUUGCACUCUUCAGGUGCAACAUGUUUCAUUUCUUCCAUUUAAACAAGCCAUUGUGCCAAGGCGUAAUAGGUGAAUCUAUCAAUCGAGUAUUUCUAACAAAGAAAAACUGGAACUUUGCGGACUUCUAUUGCAAGAAAGGGAAUGUGUGAGCAAUAAGAUGAAAAGCAGCCAAUAGAACUUGAACAGAAACAAAUUUAGUGCAAGUAGUACUCUGAUGAUCUGAUCCUCUUCACUACUAGAGACACCCGAAUGUUGCAGGUGCAUAUAAGUUUAUC